AGAAAAAACACAUUAUAAUUUAGGCAAAAAAAAGUCUCUAAUGGAGUGUGAAACAAAGGUUGAUCUCGGCGAGCAAAGCAUAUAAAAAGAACCGAUCCCAUUUUUUCAGAUUUCUCCACUAAUAAUUUUCAUGACCAGAAGAUGAAUUCAGCUACACCCAAAACCCUAGAACCAGAGAAUCCACCUUCUUCUUCUUCUUCUUCUUCUUCCGGCGGUUGGAAUUGGAAGGAGCAGGUUUUCAUCCCUACUCUCCUCGCAGGUGUUGUUGGAGGUGGAGUUGGAUUAUUAUCGAAGCAUCGAAAAAUUCAUGGUCUCGCCAACAUUUCUGCUACUUAUGCUACUAAUUUCGCUAUCGUAACUGCUUGCUAUUGCGGGACGCGUGAAUUGGUAAGAGAAACUCGUAAAUCAGACCGUGAUGAUCUUUUUAACUCUGCAAUUGCUGGCGUUUUUAGUGGUGCUAUCCUUGGCCGUCUUCAGGCUGGUCCAGUUGGUGCUGCCCGAUACUCGGCUAUGUUUGCUGUCGCUGGUACAACGUUAGACUAUGCUUUAAGCAAACUAAAAGAUGAAUUGAAAGAUUAUACUGAAUCUGCAUCGGAGGAAAAGCACAAAGAUUGGUUUAAAUUGCCUGACUGGUCUCCAAUCAAAGUGCUUGACGAGGAAGAGCUUCCUGCUAAAAAGGCUCGGGAAAAGCAAUUCUAUGCGGCGCAGAGGGCACUUGGUAAACUCAACAAAGAAGAGUCUUGAGAAUGUCUUAUCUUUCUUUUAUCUAUUUUAGAUCAUGUUCAUCCAUGUCUAAUUUUGUUCUAGUCGCUAUGGUCAUGCAAUUGCCACCAGUCUUUAGAAAGUUAGUUUUAACAUUUUCUGAAAGAGAGAAUCUAAAAUAAGAUUAUUGUUGUUGUUGUAUCAAACAUGUAAUCCAUACACUUUUGUAUGGAGAAGUUUUGCACAUUUAUUGAGAAGUUGUUUAAUUGGGGCCAGUUUUUGGGCCUUUUUUUAA